AUGGAUGAAAACGAAGAUCCGGUAGCACGAAAGCGUCGUUUAGCCAGAGAGAGGAAGGAAAGAUGGAAAGCGCGUCAAAGUCAAGGAACUCUCGAUAGAAUUCGAACAGAAGAAGCUGAAGCAAAACGCUUGAAGCGUCAAUUAGAGACUUCAGAACAGUCUCAAGCACGACGAGCUGCAAAUGCCAAAUCUCAUCAACAGAGCCAUCACCUGGAAACGCCCGAGCAAUCGCAAUCACGACGAGCAGCUGCUGCCGAAGGUCAGCGCUUAGCCCAAGAGCGACGAAGCUAUCAGAUCCGAGAAGAGGCUAUUCACUUCAAAGAGAAUCGCGUUGUUGCCCACAAUUGCGGUCCAAUGAAUGAAAUCUGUCAGUUAUGUCGAUCGAGAAACUUCAAGGCUGAGCGCCCGUCGGACAGAAAAUUCACCAGCUGCUGUCGCAAAGGAAAAGUCAAGCUACCUAAGCCCAAGGCUGGAAACGGAGUCGAGCUGGCAUAUCCCGAGUUUCUCCGCACACUGCUGUCCGACACAGCUGCUCCGACCCGUACACAUUUUCGUGAGAACAUCAGAUCGUACAACAACGCUGUGUCAUUCGCAUCAAUGGGCGCCAAAAUCGUCGACGUGCCAGGAAGGGGCCCAUACGUCUUCAAGGUACAUGGUCAGACGUACCACAAGACGUCGCAUCUUCAGCCAGCAACGCCACAGGCACCACAAUUCGCUCAACUUUACGUACUGGACAGCACUCAAGCCACAGACAUUCGUCAGAAACAUCGAGCGAAUGAACAGUGCUACCCGCGCAUUCUAGAUCAAAUCGAUCGCUUCUUCCGACAACACAACAGAAUCGCGAGGAGUUAUCAGAUGAUGCGCGAAGUAGAAGCUCAAGCAGCGCGACAAGCAGCACAGGCAGGAGAUCAGAUUCCGGUGGUCAGCAUGGUGUUUCGACGAGAUCGGCAGUCGGAUCAACGUCGCUAUAACGCACCGACAUCGAACGAAGUCGCUAUGGUGUUCGUGAACGAAGACGGUGAGCCACCGUUCGAGCGUGACAUCCGCAUCUAUCCGCGAAACCCUGCGGAUCCAAACCAACAGUUCAUCAACAUCAACAUCUUGAGCCCAAACUUGGAUCCAAUGUCUUACGCAAUCCUGUUUCCAUACGGCGAACCUGGGUGGCAACCAAAUUGGGAGUGCGAAGCGUACGAAGGAGCUGUGCUGAAUCCUGUUCGCACGAAAGUCAACAUGCUACAGUUCAAAGUGGCACAAACAGCCAUUCGCGAUGACUUCAACCCAAUCAUGAGCGCUGGCAAAUUGACGCAGCAAUGGUUGGUGGAUUCGUAUCUUCAGGUGGAAGCAAACAACUUGAACUUCAUUCGACUGAAUCAACAAGCAUUACGAGCAGAAUGCUAUCAAGGACUCGCCGAUCAUGUCGCCAAUUUGGCACAGAAUGCGAACAUAGCCGCUGGCGUCGCAGUUAUUCUGCCUUCAAGCUUCGAAGGAUCACCGAGAAACAUGCGAGAGCGCUGCAACGAUGCAAUGUCCAUAUCCGCAAAGUUUGGCGCGCCUGAUCUCUUCAUUACAUUCACGGUAAACCACAAGUGGCUAGAGAUCACGGAGAACUUACGUCCAGGCGAACAAACACCAGACCGUCCCGAUUUGGUUGCACGAGUUUUCACCAUUAAAUUGAAAUCGUUGAUGGAUGACUUGAUCGUGCAUGGCGGGUUUGGACAAGCAAAAGCUUUUGUAUACAGCAUCGAAUUCCAAAAGCGAGGCUUACCACACGCUCAUAUUUUGGUGACUUUGCGCGCAGAGGAUAAGUUUACAACUGAAGAGCGAAUCGAUCAGUUCGUCAGCGCGGAAAUUCCUGCUGAAGCAGAAAAUCCUCACCUACAUGAGAUCGUCACAAGAUGUAUGACGCACGGACCGUGCGGCAACAACAAUCGCCACGCGCCUUGCAUGGAAGAUGGCAAAUGCAAGAAACAGUUUCCAAAGCAGUUCAAUGAUACGACGAAGCCGAAUGUCGACGGUUAUCCAGUGUAUCGGCGCCGCAGCGCUGCCCAAGUAAAGGUUAGAGGAGUGGUGAUAGACAAUCGAUACGUCGUGCCAUAUAGUCCGUACUUGCUGCUGAAAUACAAUGCGCACAUCAAUGUUGAAGUUUGUACGUCUUUGAAAGCAAUCAAAUACAUCUACAAGUACAUCUUCAAAGGAUUUGAUUGCGCGAACAUCGCCAUCAGAUCAGACGGUCAGCAGGAACUCCGAUACAACGAGAUCGCCAACUACAUCGACGCUCGAUAUGUUAGUGCACCAGACGCAAUGUGGCGACUUCUUGAAUCAAAAAUGCACGAUCGUUCGCACGCGGUGCAGAGACUGCCCGUUCACCUGCCGAAUCAACAGCGCAUCACAUUCGAGCAAGGACACGAAGAAGAAGCCUUGCUGGCAGCACAAACUGGUCGAACGAAAUUGGAGGCAUGGUUCGAGCUGAACAAAACUGAUGGAGACGCACAACAGUACCUCUACGUAGACAUUCCAUACAAUUACGUCUACGUACGAGCAGUCUGGAAACCGCGACAAAGAGGAGGAGGAAAGGUUGUGUCACGCAUGUACACCGUGAGCUUCAAAGACGAAGAACGAUUUUACCUUCGACUGCUGCUCCUUCAUGUUCGUGGCGCAACAAGCUUUGAAUCGAUACGAACAUUCACCGGAACGGUUUAUCCAACAUUCAAAGAAGCUGCAUCGGCGCGAGGACUUCUUGAGUCAGACGAGGAGUGGGACCGCUGCUUACGUGAAGCUUCCACCUAUGAAAUGCCAAAGCAAUUGCGUGAAACGUUCGCUUACAUUUGUUGCUUCUGUCAGCCCUCCCAACCAAUUGAACUGUGGAACAAAUAUGUCGUCGACCUGGCUCUCGACUACAUGCGACGUUUCACCGAUGACGCCGCAAUAAACAUGGCACUACAUGACAUCAACGCGAUUCUCAAACAACACGGAUUGUCUUGCGCACUAAUCGGUCUGCCAACACCAAUCGGAAUUGCACCAGAAGCCCAGCUCUACGAUCCAGUUGAAGAAGCACGCGAAGGCGAUGAACGCGUUGCGAUACUCAACGACAAGCAAUUGGAUGCAUUCGGAAAAAUCGUAGGUGCCAUCGAUGACGAGAAUGUUGAGCAUCGCUGUUUCUAUCUCGACGGUCCUGGAGGAUCCGGGAAAACAUUCCUUUACACAACACUAAUGGCAUUUAUCCGCGGAAGAGGACAGAUCGUGCUGCCAUUUGCAACAACGGGAAUCGCUGGAACUCUUCUGAAAGGAGGAAGAACAAUUCACAGUGGAUUCAAGCUACCGGUUCCACUGCUCGAUACUUCCGUUUCAUCGCUAAGACCAAACUCUGAGGAGGCUGAAGUGCUUCGUCAAGCAUCGCUCAUCAUCAUCGAUGAAAUCACAAUGCUGCCAAAGCACGGUCUCCGCUGCAUCGAUAAGCUUCUUCGCGAGGUCGGAACAGGAAGUCUGGAGCCAGUUCCAGGAAUAUUCCACGAAGACACAAUUGAGAUUCCUCAACAAAUGAUCGCUACCGAGGAUCUCAUCGAAUCCAUAUUUGGAUCGAACAUUCAUCAGAUGUCUGUCGAGGAGUUAUCGAAACGAGUAAUUGUUGCUCCGACCAACGAACAAUCGCUCGAAAUGAACCGCACGAUCAUUGGACUGCUACCUGGCGAUCCGGCCAUUUAUUACAGCGCAGAUUCGGUCGUUUCAGAAGAUCCGAAUGAUGCAGCGAACUAUCUAAUCGAAUUCCUGAACGUUAUUUCGAUGCUUGAACUCCAAGAUAAUAAAUCAUCUGGUUGUGUUUCAUUUUUCUGUAGUGUAAAAAAAUCAUAUGGAAUUCCAUCAUUGAGAUAUGAUGAAUAUACACGAGGUAUCGUUUCGUUAUCUGGUCUAUUACAAUGGAAACAGGUUUUUACAAGGACGAGGCGAGAAUAUUGUGGAGCAAUCUUGACAGACGAUGAUCUUGACGCCUAUCGAUGGGCGUUGAAAAAAGAAAAAUCAUGGCAUGAAAACCUCCUCAAAACGCGAACAUUACUAUCAAUGUCACUAAAAAAAUCCGUGGCGUUUCGUUUUGCGAGCACAAGCUCCAAUGACUCUAGUUAUUCUGUUUUAAUUGAACUCGAAUUCCUAGAACUUUGUCCGACAGCCAUCAACUUGAAUAAAAUAUCAGAACAACUUCCUUGCCUGUCCGUGUAUGUAGACGAAGCAGAAGUCCUUUUGCUACCAUUCACGUUAUUUAAAGUGAAGGACAUCAGUACUGAUCCUGAGCUGCGAGAAUAUCGAAUUUUUGCUCAUACAUGA